CGCUGAAGGGAACUCGGGUGGGGGAGUAAAGGACGGGAGGGAGUGUGUAGAAAGUCCGGGCAGCAGCUGAUUUCCGAGGGCAGCCUGCUUGGCACUGGGUUGUGCAGCGCUUACAGCUGUUGGCCUCAGGCACCGACUGACAAGUGUAACUUGUACAAUGACAGAACGCUUUUUGAAGAUAGAGGAUGAAACUUUUCCAAGUUUUUUGGGGGAAUCACUAAACAGUAACAGUGGUGGAGCUCUUGAAAACUGUACAUUUACUUCAAAUCUUGGAUUGCCAGUUGCUGCCUCUACAGUUACCAAAGCUCGCACAGGCUUUGACUGGCCUUCAGAUGCCCAGGAAUCCUAUUUAGAGACAGAUAAACUACAAGAUACUUUAUUACAUUUAACACAUUCAGGUGGAGACUCGCAAAGAAAAUUCAUCCUGAGCUUUAAGGAUGAACUUGAACAGUUUUCUAACAUUACUGGACACAAUAUUCAGACUGCCAAAUUGUCAGAAAGUGACACAAAAGCAAGAACUAGCAAUGCUGAAGAUACACACAAAGAUGUAAGCACCACAUGCACACUUCCACGUACCAAUCAGAUAGGCAAGGCUUUCAAGCUAACACAUGCAAACCUACAUGCUAUGAAGGAAAAUGAAGAUUUAUUGAAAGAUGAACUCGGUAAAAGUUUAACAAGUUUCCUAGAAAACGAAAAGUUACUGUCUAUCGCAAGCUUGGAAGGGAGCUCAUCAGAUGAUGUAGAUGAUGAGUUUUAUGAUGACCAGUUGGAAGCCUACUUUAAAAAACUUCUUCCCCAUGGAAUGCAGCGUGGAGUUAUUGAGGGGCAGGAAAUUACAGAGCCAAAGAGACUUUCAUAUGCGGCAUUAAGCAGUAGUGACAUCAGGCCCUGUAAACAAGAUUCAGACAACUUGCAGUUUCUUGAAGAUUACGAGGAAGCUUUUCAGAUGCUUGAUGUUCGUUUAGCUGCUGCUGGCAUGGAUUCUGCACCAGCAAGUGAUGAUGAAGAUGUAGAACACGAACUGGAAAAAGCUGCACUGCAACAUCUACAAAGAGAACAGUUCCUAGUGAGCGCAUCAAGGCAUUGUAUUGGAGAGCAAAACAGACCAAGUUUUAGGCCAGGGUUAGAAGGUGGUAGCUCUGAUGAAGAAAUGAUUCCUACUCAAAGUAGGGACAGUGAUUUGCAUUGCAGACAAUCUGCAGAAGGGCAUGGUCUUGACUCUCCAAGUUUAGCUGCUGCUUCAGAUAAACCCGAGUUUGGUGAUGGUAGUAGUGGCAGUGAUGAUAGUCAAAAGAACCUGCAAACCUCUCAAAUACGGGGACCUGUGUUAUGGAAUACAGACUUAGUAGCAAGAAAUGUAGCUGGGCAAGAUGAUCGGCGCAGUUUUCAGCCUUCACAAAUAGAACAAAUGGAAGAUCGCAUAGAUCCAGUUGGUAAGGGUGCAACACUGAAAGAUGGGAAGACCACUUCCAAUUCACCUGAAGGAAACUUUAAUAUGCAGGAGUCUAAGGACAGCAGUGCGAUGAUGCCAAGCCUGGAUGCAGAACCAAAAUUAGAUUCUCUUUAUUUUCGAAAUGACAGUAUGAACAGUAUACGGUUGUCUACUCUAUCCAAAGACGAUGGGCGAGAUAGCGUUGAUUUAUGUCAAAAGUUUUCAUCCAACCAAGUAGCAUUUGUGCCUCCCAUCUCCUUUUCAGAGAUGCAGCGUAUUAGUACUGAUUCAUCAAAAGCCCCUAACAGUAUAGCAGACACUUACUUAUCUCCAUCAUACCAAAAGGAUUGUCCAGAUUACUCAACAGCAUUGCAACCAGUACAAGACCAGCCGUUUUCAUGGAGUUUUGGUCCAUCUGGAAAUGAUGCGGAUAGUACCAGUCUUCCACAUAGCAUUGUAUACCAGAAUGAGGAAGGAAAGUGGGUGACUGAUCUUGCGUACUAUAAACCCUUUGAUCAUGAACAUGGUGCAAGCAUCAUGGUGCCUGAAUGUAGUGCAGUUAAAGAUGAAGAUUUCAUUGUGGGAACUGAUGCCUUAGCCAUGAUUCAAGAAGAUCAAAAAGUAUUUGAAGAAGAACACAAAUUCAUGCAGGAGGAGAAGAUGGAUUUUGAUAGCAGUUCUCAUAACAUGGCUGACACUUCAUGGAAAGUCCAGACAAGCACCAAUGUAUUACUUAAAACAUCUCCGGAGACCUUAGAGGAUGCAAGCUAUUUACGUCUAUCGCUUGGAGAAUUUUUUGGUCAGCGGUCCGAGGCAUUAGGUUGCUUGGGUGGUGGUCAAGAUGUAAAACGGCCAUCUUUUGGUUAUCACAUAAUUUCUCCAGAGAAACAAGAACCUGUUGCAUUAUUGAGAAAAUCUGAUGUUUCCAGAAACUCUGAACUUGAGGACACCAUAAAAUUUUAUGACAACACAUUAACAAAAGAAGACCUUGAAUGUUUACCAGAUGAUCAGAAGCUUGCAUCGGCUACAUUUGAUGUUCGGUCACCUAAAAGUAAAGCAGAUGUAGUCAGAGCUGCCAAUGCAAAACUAAAGAAUUCUAACUCUACAUCAGAGGAACUGGGUUCUGUAAAAGUAAAUGUUUGUGAAGAAAAACCGGAAGAAACAUCUGAUAUGUUACUUAGCAUAAGCACCAUAGCAACUGCAAUUGCAAAUGCCUCCUGUAGUGCUGACCCUAAACAGUUAGCUGCUAUGAUAAUGGCUCUCUCAAAUAAAAAUAAGACUAAUAAACUACCUCUGGUGUCUUUAGAGCCAUCUGUUAAUAAUCAAAUGUUAACUUCCACUGAUGAAAAAAGUAAUGCUAGUGACAGCAUUGAUAUGGAGCGAUAUUUAAAAGUAACCAAAGUAAAUGGUCGAGAGAGUAACCCUGACCGCCCCUUGAACUCUUUAACAGAUUUUUCUUUGGACAUGUCUUUGAGGUGUAAACAAACCUUGCUGGACUCUUUCAAAGAUCAUUCCAACAUCACUGAUUUGCAGAAACAAGACCUUCGGAGACCAGACUCGGAGAGUCAAGGAAACCAAAGUCUUCAGCCCCUGAUGGCAAGUGACAAGGCAAACAAUAUAAGAUCGGAGAGCAGUUCCACAUUUACUUCUACAUUUGGAACUCUUCAUUCAGAAUCAAAGAUUGAAAUGAUUAAGCCUAGUCCAAUAUCUAAUUUAAAUCAAAAUGCAUUCAGAGCUAGUGAAAAUGGUAGAGAGAACAAUGGUAAUUCCAGCAAAGACAAAGAAAAAGACGAACCUAAUUGCAAGCCUAACAUUUUGCAGAGUAAAGAACAAAUGCUAUUUACAAGUACAAUGAAGGAAGGAGGGCAGGUGCCACACCGAAUGCAAAAACAAAACGAUAUAAAAUCACUUCCAAACAGCACAAAAAUAUCAAAGUCACCCAGAAGUUCUGGUUCUUUUUUAUCUACUGCAAGAUGUCACUCUGGAGCUAAGGAGUCUAAAAAGAUUUGUGCGGUGGCAUCCCAAAAGCAUGUCAGUUUUCAGCCGUCUGACGAUGGAAGUGUGAAAUCUACAGAUGCAAAAGCUUUUCCAGAUCAUCAUGCCCUUCCUGGAUUGGAAGAUGAGCAGUUCAGUUUCAGACCUUCAACAUGCCCUUUAAUUCACUCUUCUCCUAGCCAGGACUCUCUAAAGAUAUCAUCUGACCAAAGUUCAAGUCUUUCUCCAUGUGCUGCUGGAACUGUUCAGAGAGUUGACAAUGUUGCAUUGUCUCCAGAGUCUUCAUGUCUCAGUCCUAGCUUGAGUAGGCUCACUUACAUCUCUGUCACAGAAAACACUGUACAAAAUGUAACGGUUAGUCCAGAUAACCAGAGCAAUAAUACCAUAGAGCUGAGUACAACAAUUGUUCGAUCUAGCCCUACCCCUUUAGAAAUGCAGAAUAUUCAAAAGGAUAAGUUAUCGUGGCAGCAACAAAAAUGCAAAGUUUUAGGGGAGAGCCCACAAAAACAAAAGAAUCAAUCUGGAUUGUUUUCCACUGACUCAAAGUUUAAUGGCAAAACUGAAAACCCUUUAAAACAAGAUACAAGAUUAGAAUCUGCGGGUCAUAUUGUAACUUAUGACAGGAUGAGUGCUGUUAAUUCUGGCUUGCCAAGUGAUCCCUCAAACUAUUUCUCUGCUGCUCCUAUCCAACCAGAUUCUCUCACCAUGCUGCCUGGUAGUAUGCUUAGUAACUAUUCAGUUGUGCAAAGCCUUUCUAAUAAACAAUUUGCACCUGUAUCUGGUUUCAAGCCUGUGGCUCCAUCCACUGAAGUGCAGAAGUUGCCAACUGCAGUACCAGGACUUCUCAAUGGACAGCUGAUUUCUACUGCGCAGAUAGCUCCACAGUACCUGGAAAGUGUAACAGGUGUCAGAAAUGCAGCUAUUCCACAAUACAGACUUGGAUCCUCAGCAGUGUAUGGCCAUCAUAUAGGAUAUCCUAGCUCUGCAGGGCAAGCCUUACAGUUGCAGAAUGCAGUUUCAGGAAUUCCACUGAACACAAAUACUGGUCCUGGGUUACUAGGUACUCUCCCAGUGGCUAAUCAUCAGACAUCAAUCGGUCAAAAAGUAGUAAUUCCAUCAGAGUUGUAUCCUCUGGCAUCUGUUGGCACAAAUGAUAUUCCUCAGUGGAAUGCUAGAAUGUCAUCUGAUUUUGGGCAAGUACUUGUGCCUUCAGAGUUAACAUUCCCCAGUGCUUGUUGUGUAGGGAUUGCAGCUCAAGCAUCUUUAAAUAUUUUUAAUCCAAACGAAAGAUGGUUACAAGUUAAUAUUGGAAUACUCAGUGUUGCUGUUAAUGGUGAAAAAGUUGACAUUGCAGCCUAUCAGUGCCUGGUUUUUAAAAAUAAAACAAUUAUUGGUCCAAGAGCAGCUGAAGACUUAAAAAUCCUCUUCUUGCCUCAAAGGGCUGGGCUUUUUCAAUGUGUGCUAAGUGUGUCUUCUUGGCCAGUGUCUGCUGAUGCAGAGACAAUAAGAAGAUCUGAAGCUGUAGCUGCCAAAGUUUUCCUGACUGCAGUUUCUGAAAACCCUUACAUUGAGGUUGAAACCGGGAAAACUGGAUGUUUAGAUUUUGGAGAUGUAGCAAUUGGAAGCUGGAAAACUCUGCCUUUAAAGAUUAUAAACAGAACACAUGCCACAUUGCCUGUUAGACUUAUUAUUAGUGCUAAUGCUACUGCCUGGCGCUGCUUCACAUUUGCAAAAGAUCCUGCAAGUCUUACAGCUGAGUAUUCACAUGUGGACAUAAUGGCUAAGAUGUCUUCUCCUUCGGUCAUCAGUCACGUGAUGCAUGCAAGCUAUGAUGGCCAGGAUCCAGAACCUCUUAUUAUCUGGGUUGUUUUUCAUGCACCACAAACUUUUUCUUCUGCAGGUACUCUUGGUCCAGCAGAGGAAUUUAUGGCAAGAGUUGAUGUGGAAGUUGACAGCCCAGGUCCUGCAUGCAUAUUAAAAAGUGUUCCACUGCGUGCACGAGCAGGGUGUGCCAGGAUUCAUGCUCCCAAGGACUUGCAGACCAUUCAGUUGUUUAGUAGUGUGGGCUCAACAGCGAAACAACUACUACCUUUAAAGAAUGCAGGCAAUAUUGCAGUUCACUUAAAAAUCAGGUCGUCUAAUUCGAACAGCAGUUUUUCUGUGGAUCCUGAGGAAUUGUUUCUCAUGCCUGGAGAAGAACAAGUAAUGACCAUAAAUUUCACUCCACAAAUCUCUAACUCUGAAAAGAGUAUUCUGAAAAUAACUGUGCAGCCAUCCGGCCCACAGUAUGAAGUAACAGUGAUAGGGGAAACUGAGAAAAUGAACUCCAGAAAUCCACCUCCCUUAACAUCUGCUGAUGUGCCACCAAUUCUUUCCAAUAAGCAGUUUGUGGCUUGGGGAGGAGUGUCUCUAGGAAGAGCAGUACAGCAGAAGUUAAUUCUAAGGAACACCUCAACUUCCUCAAGUCAGUAUUUGCGCCUCUUAAUCAGAGGACAAGAUCAAGACUGCUUUCAGUUGCAGAGCACAUUUGGUACAGAGGAACGUUUAACAAAUAAUCGUGAACUCAGUAUCCGCCCAAAAGAAGACUCCAAUAUUUACUUAAUGUUCUCACCUACGCAUGUUGGAUGUAUGUUAGCAAAACUUGAAAUCAAGCAGUCUGGAAUAAAAUCUUCACAACCAGGCAUUAAAUUCACAAUACCACUUUCUGGCUAUGGUGGAACCAGCAAUCUUAUUAUAGAAGAUUUGAAAAAGCUAUCAGAGAGCUACAUGGUGAAACUUUGUGGUAUUUCCUCUGGUCAAGUGAGCAAAGUCAGUUUCUGCAUAAGAAAUACUGGUUCCAGAGCAGCUUAUGUGAAAGCAGUGUGCUUUGCAGACUUUCAUACGAGUGUUACAAUGGAUUCAAAUGUGAUGAAUGUUUAUCCUGAAAAGUUUGUAUUGAAGGAGAGAUCACAGGAGACUAUUACUGUAUCAUUAAGAGCAACUAAGCGAGAGGAGAGUCUGUGCCAAACUAGCACUGCCUUAAUAGCUACAGUGUGUUUAUUCUGUGGUGAUGAAGUGGCCAGGCAGCAGUUUCGCAGGGCACUGUUACAUAAGCCAGAAAUUGCUCAGAAAGUUAUAUCUGAAAAUAUGUUACUUAAAAAUACAAGAUUUGAUGAAGAGUUUCCUGGUGAACAGCAGACUUCUGAAGUGUAUGAUUUACCCCAAAGACCAAAUGAUAUUCAACUUUUCUUUGCAAAUACGCAUAAGAUGGUUAUUUCUGUUGUUGGAAAUGUUGUGGAGACAAGUACCAGUGGAGAGUAUCAGACAUCAUCUAACAGAAUGGGGGCCAGUGCUAUAGCAAAUGUUGAAAGAAACCUGGGAAACACAUCUUUGGAUGUACUGCCCGUGAAAGGCCCUCAAGGAUCUCAUUUUGCUAAGGAGCCUGCUCAAGACUCUGUCAGUUCUGAAGACACUUGGAGUGUUCAACCAGAAAGUCUUUUUCUUACGGCUCCUGCUGUUAGUGGUGUGUUAGGCACUGGUCAUAUCAAAUUCCAGAACACCUCUGCAAGAUUGUUGCGAUUUGACUUGUCUUGGCCAGCCCAUUGUCUUACUAUUACACCUCAACAUGGAAGCGUUGAGCCAAAGAGUCACGUAAUUAUUCUCGUUAGCCCCAACCCAUCCCUGGGCUUGAAACAAACCUUGCUUCCAUGGAAUGGCCAGAUCUAUGUGCAUUGCGACCGUGUACAAAAGUGCAUUAAAGUGCAGAUAAGUGAAGAAUCCACCCUAUCAACAUCCAACAGCACCACCAAGCCAUGUGCAGUGCUAUCUCCUCACCCAGAAACACCUGUUCAUAUUGCAAAGCCAUUCACAAACUCUCCUUCAACCAAAGUUGAAAUAAAGAAUCGCACUCUAAUGUUCCCCAAAACUGCUGCUGGAGAAAGUUCAGAGACAUUUUUGGACAUUGAAAAUCCAGGUGAUGAAGACAUAAAAUGGCUGUUAUCAUCCUUUGCACCGCCUUAUGUUAAGGGAGUAUAUCAAAGUGGGGAAGUGUAUCGAGCAACAUACACAGCGUUCAGAUGUUCUAGAGUAUCCGGUAUGCUUGCAGCACAGGACAAGUUGAAGGUGGCCAUUCAAUUUUUCCCUCGAGAUAAAGGUGAUUAUGCCCAAUUCUGGGACCUUGAAUGUCAUCCUGUGUCUCUGCCACAUUUGAAGCACAAAGUGAGAUUUCAGCUCUGUGGAGAGUGUGCUAGGGAUGAGAUGCUUUCAGAAAAAUCUUCUGCAGCUUCACUAAUAAAAACAGAAGUUCCAGUUAAACCCAGAAGAAGAUCUGGCUCAGAGGCAUCUACUCUUAAAGCAGUGCAUGAUGCAGCUAACCGGGGUGUUUAUGCAUCAGAAGAACUCUAUACGUUUCCUCCUACAUUUGUUGGUGAAUCCAGCACAUUGAAAGUCAACUUACAAAAUAACUCAUUUACUACAUAUAUGCUGAAAUUUGUUAGUCCAAAGGAGCCAUUUCACUUGAAGCAUUCCAAAUAUUCUUUAAGAGCUCAUCACUAUAUCAACCUACCAGUCAAAUUCAAACCCAACUCAGCCGGCAGAUACGAAGGAAUUCUGGACAUACAGACAGACGCCGGAAAUAUCUCUAUUCAACUUGUUGGUGAAGCCUUAGCCAAGUAACUAAAUCUAAAUAAAAACAUCUUUUAAGUGUCUAAACACUACUAAUUGUAUAGAAUAUAUUGUACAGGAUACAUUAAAGUUUACAACUUAAAUAAUGCACUUUCUGUAACUACUAAAUUCUAUGUAUUUUUGCAAAGUACAAAUGUGUUUAAAAAAAAAAAAAAAAUUUGUUUUUUUUUUUUUUCAAUUAAUGCUUGCAGAUAAAAUAUUUUGUGUGCUGUGUGGCAGCUCCUGUGAUAUUUUUAUUGUUGUUGUGACUGCUCUCCUGUCCUGGCUAUUUAAGAAAAGACGUAGUGUGUGUUGUUCUCGCAUUGUGCUUAUACCCUGUUUAAUGUGUAACCCCUGCAGUAUCACAGGUGCCAAAUAAGUGGCUGCCUUGGUUUGUCAUUGUACAUAUUUGUCCUGUACUGAACACUGAUGAGAUUCCUCUUCAGAACCUGAUGCCAUACUUUCCAUUGUACGAAAUGUGGGAAGUGUUAUUUCUUUACUGUUUGAUACAUGUAAUUUAUGUUCUUUGUAAGCAGAUUAGAUUUGCAGGAAACUCUUGCUUGGUGAUGCCAUUUUUUAUGAAAAUCAAAUAAAUAUUUAAGAUUUGA